UGUUCGCGCACAGACAGAGCUUUAUAUUAAUUUCUCCACAUGCAACUGUAACCUCGGAGAAUCAUCCAUGACAUCCUCACUCAGCGAGUGUGUGCAAGAAGUAAAGCGCGACCUUCCUCCUCCUGCCAAAGUGAGGACCACUGCCUUCAGCGAGCUGGGCUGCACCUGAGGACCACUGCAGCAGUGCAGGGCAUCUCACAUCUGCCCCGGAACCGAGCGUAGGUGGAGCCUCCGCGUUACUCAUCAACCCAUCGGCUCCGCUUAGUUUCGCCGCAGCGAUGGGACCGCGCGCGACCUCAACAUCUGCACCCGCUUAGCCGGUGUCUCGCGCCUCCGUCCUUCUUCCUUCCUGUUCUUCCACCUUCCACCGGACCGAGCUCCCGGAAUCCAGCAGCGGCCAAACUGAUCAGUGAUGGAGCACAACAACAACGAGAGCAUCGAUCCCAGGUGCCUGCUCCAGCAGCCGCCCCUGGCCGCAGACAUCCUGAAAGAACUUGAUGCCUACGGUGUGGCACUUUACGCCAUUCUGACCAUCAUGGCAUCUCUUUCCAUGCUGGUCUUCAUCGAUGGAGCAAUCUACGUCUACAGGAAGGUCGAGUAUCCCAAAAAGACUGCCAUUAUAUGGAUCAACGGAGCAGCACCGGUCAUUGCCACCAUGUGCUGUCUGGGAAUGUGGAUUCCAAGAGCCACCAUGUUUGCAGAUAUGACAUCGGGCUCGUACUUCUCCAUCGUGGUGUAUCAGUUCCUGCUGCUGCUGAUAGCCGAGUGUGGCGGGGAUGAGGGCUUCCUGCGACGCUUCAGGAACACCCGUCUGAAGAUCAGCACAGGACCCUGCUGCUGCUGCUGCCCCUGCCUGCCCACAGCGCCCAUCACGUGGCGGACACUGUUCCUGUUGAAGUUGACAUCCUUCCAGUUUGCGCUGAUGAAACCCGUCUUAACCAUAAUAUCCAUUGUGCUGUGGACCAACGGAAACUUUGACCCAUCGGAUUACGGGAUCACAGGAGCUGUGGUGUGGAUCGGCCCCCUUCUGGGGGUUCUCACCAUCCUUGCUCUCUGGCCAGGAGUCAUGACGUUCAUGCACCUGUAUAAAACUCUCAGCAGCCAGAACAUCAUCCCAAAGUAUGCCAUGUACCAGUUGGUGCUCAUAUUCAGUCAGCUGCAAACGGUCAUCAUCAAUGUCCUAGCCCUGAAUGGCGUCAUUGGCUGCUCCCCACCACACUCCCCUCAGGCCCGCGGGUUCUUGAUGUGUCAGCAACUCCUCAUCCUUGAAAUGUUCAUCAUCACCAUGGUGACCCGAGGCUUGUAUAGGCACACUUACAAGCCUCUGCUGCCUGAAGAUGAAUAUGACAGCGACAACGUGAACACCAAGCUCAAUGUACACUCUGAACAUGGAGAAGCUUAGCGGUGUGUAUAUGUGCGCAUAUGUGCGCGUGUGCGUCUGCGUGUGUGUGCAUUCAAAUGAACGUAUAGCAGUUUUUCAGCUGAAAGAUAUACGCUCAGCCCUCAUGUAACGGGGUCCAGUACAAUGAAAAACACUCCAAUGAUUUAUGAAAAUAUAUUUCCUUUUUUUCAUACAAUAUUCUUAUGAUUCAGUACAAUACAGUGCAUUUUUCUAUGUUAUUUAUUCAUUUUGCUUCCACAACUGGUGUGUAAAGAGUUAAUACAAGAAUGGCAGUGGCCUUUACUAUGUGCUAUUUCAGCCAGCAGCAGUUUUUUAAAAGAAACCCUUUAGGCCCAAUGCGGUGCACUCGCUGUGCUGAUUUUAGUCUGUCUACAAGCUGGUAUAAGGACAGCAGUUUAAAAAUCGGUAAAACAUUAACUGCAAUCUUUAUAAAACGGUGAAAGACUUCAUUUCAGUGCCGUCUCCUCAUGAGCGUGUUUGCAGUACUGUUCUUUAGUUCACGAACGCCACACUCACUUCAGGUGGCUGCUACAACAGUGCCCCUCAAAUGCAAAAACUCAAAAAGGGAGUGUUUUAAAAUGAGAUAAACCACAAGAUGUGGAGUACUAGGGUAAAACUUUCUUCAUGCAGUAAGAUAUACAGUAAAUCGGAGUAAAAGAUAAUGAAGAGGCUUCUUCAUCAGGGCUUUCUUCUCUUCGUAGUUCAGCGUUACCUCCGGCGAGGGGGAAAAUAGUUUUUCUAAAUAUCGUUCAAACCAUGUCUAAAAUAUCAAAGAAACUAAACAAGUGGUAAUUCAUAAUGAAUGAAUUAAUGAAAAUUCAAUAUUAAAAGUAAAGCUAGACGUAAUUUCUGUACGCACACGCUGUCUGAAACUGCUGGUCCCGACAAACCGGGACCUAACCCAGCAAACACAGGGCGCAAGGCUGGAGGGAGAGGGGACACACCCAGGACGGGACGCCAGUCCAUCACAAGG